UGCUUCACAAUAUUGCGCAAUGAAUUUCCCUUCUCGGUUUUCCUCGACGCGAAUACAAGAUCUGCUUAUCCUCAUAUUUCGUAUAAAAAAGUGCUUGAGAGAGGAACGCAGCAACUUAGCUGCUCACCGGUAUUACCGUCGCCUAUCUGGGAGAACUAUUUCUACAACAUCUACACAUUCAUACAAUAAUAGAUUCAGCUGCCUACGUUAUAGAUCUUAUAAUUAAAUAAAAACGUUCCAUAUCCACAUUAAAUUUAAGGAAAUCGCUCUCUUGCUCAGAGAUAUUAAUUAAAAAAAUUGUAUCUAAAAUUUUUAUCCUCUGAUAAAUUCACGUUGUUUUUUGUAUGAGCUCCAAUAUUCAAUUAACACCAGACGGUCCAUAAGCUCGUUAAGCUGUCUAAUUCAACGAAAUUUAAAAAGUGUUUGGAAAGUACACAAAAAGAACCAGAAUUCAAGACAGGACGAAUUCCCGGAACUCUAUCGUUAAAUAAGUUAACAAAAACAAACAAAAUAAUACUCAACGAGUUCUUAGUAGGUACAAUUUUUACUUUUAAUGAGUUUCCGAUAUCUAAAUACAUAAUUUCUAAAAAUCAUGACAUGAACUCCGUUAAAUAAUAACAUUGAUUAUAUUUAAGACACUGAAUUUGACUUGCAGUUGAAUCGGGAUUGUGUGUGUGUGUGUGUGUGUGUGUGUUUGUGUGUGUGUGUGUGUGCGCGUGUGUGUGUUUGUGUGUGUGUGUGUGUGUGUGUGUGUUUGUGUGUGUGUGUGUGUGUGACAAGUAUUCGAAGUAAAAAAUCACUACCAUGCGGCAGGCAGCGGCUUGGCUCUGCCCUUGGCAUUGCUGAAGUCCAUGGGCGACGGUAACCACUCACCAUCAGGUGGGCCGUAUGCUCGUCUGCCUACAAAGGCAAUAAAAAAAAUCGUGAAAAAAUUAAAGAUUCUCUUUUGAAUCAAGUCUAUAAUUAUUUGCCUUAUUUCCUCUCGACAAUGCAAAUUAAGUGGUGAUUUGUUGACAGCCGACGCUAUGCAACGAGCGCUCGUGUCUUGGGAGUUUGAUGGCCAUCCCGGGACGAGGCGACGUGCCCCGAGACCCGGAGGAGGUGCUUAAUGACGCAAAGGACUUUCUAGGCCAGUACUUCGCUUCUAUACGGAGGGCCAAUACUCCAGCUCAUGAAGCUCGCUGGAAAAUCGUACAAGAGGAAGUAGCUACGACUGGCACAUACCAACUAACCACAACAGAACUGGUAUUUGGAGCCAAGCUUGCAUGGAGAAACGCUAGCCGUUGCAUUGGCAGAAUCCAGUGGUCAAAAUUGCAGGUAUUCGAUUGUCGCCAAGUCACAACAACUAGUGGAAUGUUCGAAGCACUCUGUAACCACAUCAAGUACAGCACAAAUAAAGGAAAUAUAAGAUCAGCUAUAACAUUGUUCCCACAACGUACGGACGGCAAGCACGACUACAGAAUAUGGAACAGCCAGCUGAUCAGCUACGCUGGCUACCGUCAGCCAGACGGUACGGUGCUUGGUGACCCCAUGCACUGCGAAUUCACUGAUCUCUGCUUGAAACUUGGCUGGAAGCCGCCACGCACGGCCUGGGAUAUUCUUCCCCUAGUUCUGUCAGCUAACGGGAAAGACCCUGACUACUUCGAAAUCCCCAGGGAGCUUGUUAUGGAAAUCCACAUGACGCACCCCACGUUCGAAUGGUUCAAAGAACUAGAAUUACGUUGGUACGCUUUGCCCGCCGUCUCCAGUAUGCGUUUUGAUUGCGGUGGCAUCGAAUUCACGGCCAACGCUUUCAACGGUUGGUACAUGAGCACUGAAAUCGGCUGCAGGAACUUCUGUGACACCAACCGGCUUAAUGUUUUGGAGAAAAUAGCUCAAAACAUGGGCCUAGAUACCAGAACUCCGGUCAAUCUUUGGAAGGAUAAGGCCCUCGUGGAAGUGAACGUGGCUGUACUGCACAGCUUUCAACAGCACAACGCGACUAUCGUGGAUCAUCAUACAGCUUCUGAAAGCUUCAUAAAGCAUUUGGAUAACGAGAACCGGCUUCGGUCUGGAUGUCCAGCCGAUUGGAUAUGGAUCGUACCUCCCAUGUCAUCGUCCAUAACCCCGGUGUUUCACCAAGAAAUGGCGCUCUACUACUUGAAACCUUCAUACGAAUAUCAGGAGCCUGCAUGGAAGACGCAUCAGUGGCAGAAAUCUAAGCCGAUCACAGGCAAAAGACCCAUAAACAGAAAGUUCCAUUUCAAGCAAAUUGCCCGAGCUGUCAAAUUCACUUCGAAAUUGUUCGGUCGUGCCCUUUCGAAGAGGAUUAAAGCGACUGUGCUGUACGCUACGGAGACUGGGAAAUCGGAACAAUACGCCAAAGAGCUUGGUGUUAUAUUUGGACACGCCUUUAAUGCGCAGGUUCAUUGUAUGGCGGAUUACGAUAUAACUUCAAUUGAACACGAAGCUCUCCUUCUGGUUGUGACAUCGACGUUUGGAAAUGGUGACCCACCCGAGAAUGGUGUCGCAUUUGGAGAGCAUCUAUGCGAAAUAUUAUACGCUGAUCAAGUCGGUGAAGAUUCUACUGGAAAUCAAAUGUUGACACCAAAAUCGUUCAUAAAAGCCAAUAGUGACAUUCAAAGGUAUACAGCAGGAAAUCCGAAAAAACUCAACAGACUCGAAUCAUUGAAGGGUAGUACAACAGACGCCACAUCCAUUGACAGCUUUGGUCCAUUGAGUAAUGUUAGAUUUGCCGUGUUCGCUCUGGGUUCGAGCGCUUACCCGAAUUUCUGUAACUUCGGAAAGUAUGUAGACAAAUUGUUGGUUGACCUCGGCGGGGAACGAAUCCACGACCUCGCAACCGGUGACGAAAUGUGCGGCCAAGAUCAGGCCUUCCGGAAGUGGGCCUCUAGCGUCUUCAACGUUGCUUGUGAGACAUUCUGCUUGGAUGAUGAUGAGACUCUACAAGAGGCAAAGAGAGCUCUCGGUACUGUUGCAUUAAGCGAGGAGACAGUUCAAUUCGCCAGGGCUGGCUGUCGUCCCGCUACGUUACACGCAGCGCUACAAAAGUCUUUGAAUAAACAAUUCGUUUCUUGCACCGUCAAAGCUAAUAAAGAUUUAGGCGAUGCUUCCGCUGAAAGAUCCACCAUCUUUAUUGAUCUGGAACCUAAGGAGGAAAUAAAGUAUAAUCCAGGAGAUCAUGUCGGAAUAAUAGCUUGUAACCGUAAAGAGCUCGUUGAGAGUCUGCUCUCCCGCAUUAAAGACGUUGAUGAUUACGACGAGCCGUUGCAGUUGCAGCUUCUGAAAGAAACUCAUACGUCAAGCGGUUUAGUCAAAUCUUGGGAGCCCCACGAGAAACUUCCGAUAAUGAGCGUGCGUGAAUUGUUCACACGAUUCCUUGAUAUAACAACUCCACCGACCACGAUACUUCUUCAGUACUUGGCCACAACGUGCGAAGAUGAAGAAGAAAAAAAACAAUUGAAUGUUUUGGCUACGGAUCCCGGAGCUUACGAAGAUUGGCGUCAUUUCCACUUCCCCACCUUGCCCGAAGUCCUAGAUCAGUUUCCAUCAGCAAGACCCAAUGCAUCUUUACUUGCCGCCCUUUUAUCCCCACUGCAGCCAAGAUUUUACUCAAUUUCUUCGUCACCAUUAGCCCACGCAAAGAGAUUGCAUCUUACGGUUGCCGUAGUCACAUAUCGAACUCAAGAUGGUGAGGGACCGGUCCAUUAUGGUGUGUGUUCCAACUACUUAAUGGAACGUAAGCCUGGCGAUGAGGUUUACCUCUUUAUCAGAAGUGCUCCUAAUUUCCAUUUACCUCAAGAUUUGUCAGUUCCUCUUAUACUAAUUGGUCCCGGUACUGGUAUAGCUCCAUUCCGUGGCUUUUGGCAUCAUCGGCGAGCUCUACAAAAUUCUUGCUCGCGUACAACCACUGGACCGGUGUGGCUGUUCUUCGGCUGUCGAACGAAGACUAUGGACUUAUACCGAGAAGAGAAAGAGCAAGCUUUGAAAGAAGGCGUACUUUCUAAAGUAUUUCUCGCUCUAUCUAGAGAAAAGGAAGUUCCAAAAACGUACGUCCAAGAAGUUGCUGAAAACGUUGGUGCAGAAAUACACGAUUUACUAAUUAAUAAAGGUGCACACUUUUACGUUUGCGGUGAUUGUAAAAUGGCGGAGGAUGUGCACCAGAAGCUCAAAGGUAUCGUGAAGAAACACGGAAACAUGACAGACGAACAAGUACAGAACUUUAUGUUCAUGCUAAAGGAAGAGAAUCGUUACCACGAAGACAUAUUCGGCAUCACACUGCGCACAGCUGAGGUCCACAGCGCUUCUCGCGAGUCGGCUCGUAGGAACCGCGUCGCUUCCCAACCAUGACGGCGGUCCUCUCGCUUCCGUCCCAACACGCUCAUCUAACCAACCGAAUACUGCAUCAAGGUUAUCCUGUGAGCGACUACAUUCAUAUUCGACUAAAAUAUUUAAAUUAUCUUCAUUCUAAAUUUAAAGUCUUCAAAAUUUUUUAAUUACAUCGCAAAGCUUUAGGCGUGUACCGACCCUAAAAUCAUGUCAUGGCUGAGUUUAAUAUAUCCAUUGUACCUAAGCUACAAUGCCAUAUAAUAAGUAUAAAGUUUUUUAAGUUUUACACAGAACAACAUUGUCUUCAUCUAUAUUUUAUGUUUUGAUAUAAUUUUACUUUUGAAACAGAAAAAUUGGAUCGCUUUUGCACAUUUAGAUCUUAGUUAGUAUUCUUAAUAGCUACAAGAACAUCAACUCCAUACGUACUAUUAUUAUAUUGUUCACAUACGUACAUUAAAAGUUGCUGGUUUCUGUAGGCUUUCCACAAUAUUUUCAAUUCAAAUGUCUUUUACGAAAUUCAUGAUUCUCUAAAUUUUAUAGUGUAUAUGCCAAAAAAAGUUAAUACUGGCUUUAAGAUAAUUGUGAACCUUGAAACCCUUGAAAUUGUUAAGCGUUCACUCAUGAAUUUUGGGUAUAAAAUUAAUUAAUUGUGAAAUUCUCGAAUAAUAUUAUUUUUCCUCUGAAACGUUUGCAAUUAAAUGUAUAGGGAUAAAAUAUCUAAAUCAAAUACGUAUUUUGUUUAUCAGAAAUAAAUUUGUUUCGAAAUCGCAAAUUAAGAAAACAUUCUUUGAUAAUUAUCUCCCCUUCAUGCCUUGCAAUUAAACUUAUUUUAUUAUAUAGAUGUUUAUUUUUUGACAAUACCUACAAAAUUAUUUAUAGUACACUAUAUAGCUCAAAGGCUUUAGUCAAUAAUUGUAAUUGUGAAGUCAAUUAGGGAAGUUCACGAAAUGUCUAUUUGUUUUACCAAGCAGUCCAUUUUAAUUGAUCCUUGAAUUUAAUUGGUUGAGAAUCGUUCCAAUGACUGUAUUUGAAACACUUGAAUAAUUCAACUUAUUACAUUAGGUGUAAUAUUAUAGUUAUGCUACAGUUAUUUCCCUUCAAAUUUAUUGUAUUAUCAUUUUUUUUAAAAGCGCAGGGUGUCGUAACAACGCACAAAUCCAUUGACCCUUAUUGUAUAUUUCCGCAUAUCAGCUUCGCGAUUCAAGUAUUAUUAAAAAAAAAAUUGGAUAUCUCGUAUCCUUUCGAAACCUAAGAAUUUACCAAUUACGUAGUAUCUAGAUGUAAUCUUUAUCUACUAUAUAAAUAAUACUUUUAAUAAAACUCAUUUAUUAUAUUGUAUAUCGUGUCCAUUAUAAAUCGCUAGUAGAUAGUUUGAAAAUUUUUACUAGAUAAUAAUUCAAAGUUUUUCAAAUAAAAUUUUAAUUAUUAUCUCGCUUAAUUGUUAUCUAACGAAUUAUAAAAAUUUAUUCGUCUAGUUUAAGGGAAAAAAAAAAUCAGCUGAAUGCUAUUUAAUUUUGUAUUUUAAAAUGUUUGCGGAACCAAUUUGAUGUAAGAUUAUCAUAACUUACAUUACUCAUAUUUCGUAUAUAUAUUUUUUUUUAUUCAUUUAUAAUACGUAUUGGUCUGUUUUAUCUUUCAAAAUGUGUAAAUAUUUUAUAUUAAGUGAGCUUUAUUGUUAUUUAAACUUGUGAUUUAAUAAUAUUUACUAUAUAAUAUUAAAAAUAAUUUUCUAUUUACUUUGUAUAUUAUGAAAUUUUAAUGUAUUUUUUUAAAUAAAUUUUGAAAUUAAGCUGUUUUUGCGAUUUUUUAAUCAGCUCUAAAACGUAUUUUUUUUUUUAAUCAACUUUGUGAUUGUUUGCCUAGUCUUAUGAAAUUAUUCAUAUUUUAUAUUAUUCAUAGUAUCAUGUAAGAUCAAUUUGUCUACAAUUUCUUGCUAUAAAUGGUAUAAAAAAUUCUUAAUAUAAAUAAAUUAAUGACGUAUUGUAUUACGAUUAAGAAUAAUAUUUACAAAAAGUAUUAAU